CUGUUGAUGGAGAGUACUAUCCAGGAUCUUUUACCAACGCAAAUUUCUGUCCAAUGAUCUCAGCACUUGGAGUGACCGCUGUCCUAGGAUCAGAGUGUGGACUUAAAAAUUACCAAUCCUGUUCUCAUUAUAAACUAGUGACCACUGACACGUUUCAAGGUUUUAUUUCUGCUGGGGAAAAUUUCGAUACCAAAUGCAGUAAUUUCCAAGUUGCGUUAGAAUGCGCUCGAAAAAGUGAUUUUCUUAAAGGGUGUAAAGACGAAGAGUUGGUGGACUUCAACAUGAUAGAUAAUCUUUAUAGAACUAUUUGCAAAGACUUUAAGAAAGACUAUACAGAAAGUUCUAAAUGUUUUCAAUCUUCUGAAUUUAAAGACGAAGUUGAAAGUUGUUUAAAGCAUUUCUACACGGCACCGAACAUGGUAAAUGCAGAGCGUUGCUAUCUUCUUAAUGAGGUUGUGACUUGCUUUGACGGGCUGAAUGCUGAAGAAACAGAGUGUGCCGACUCUGUCAGGUUCCUAGCCUCUACUGUGAUGCGACCCUAUCUUCAUCCCAUUGGAAGACUAUACAGUUGUCCAGGCUAUGAGGAAACAACAACAACAUCAACAGUCCAGACAACUACAACAACAACAACAACAACAGCAGAAAUAUCCACAGUAAUCGACACAGUGGAGAGCGAGUCAGAACCCCUCAAGACGGAGAGAUCUCGUGAAGGGAAUGGAGCAGGGUCGAUAACUCACUAUUAUCUUUAUGAAUUCGUAGUUUUUUCUUAUUGUAUAUUGUGUCUAUUGUGAUAGUGUAGUAAGACCCGCGGCCGUAUGAAGUCUAUGUAUACGUAUUUACGUAUCUUUCUAGCCACGCAGCAUCAAAACAUGACCAUGCUUCCACAUCUAAAACUACUUGUGCUAUGAAUGCACAUUUGCGCCAGUAUCCCUAACAUCUUUCGUCAAUUGUCUGAUAUUCUUAAUAGUUGUAACAUAACACUAGGGACAAAAAGAGACUGUUAUAUAGAGGCAUGUAAUGGUGAAUUAGAAGCAUGCAUCCUCUACAGUUAACAGGAGACCCAGGCUGACCAGAACUCAGUCCUGACGGAUUGUUCUUUUCUCUAAUUUUCUCUAAUUUGAAAAUUAAAAAUGUCUCAACUGGAUUACUUGGUCUAUUUCAUCAGUCCACAAAAAAAAAAAAAAUAUGACAGUGUUUUUUUUUUU